AUGAAACCCCUCACUAUUUCCUUCCUCCUAGGCCUCGCCAGCCUCGCCACAGCCCGCACCGACCUGGAAGGCUGCGUCUCCUCGAAAGUCAUAUUCGACCACUACUACGCCAGCUACCUCUGGUACGUCCCAGACAGCGGCGAGAUCUGCUCAUUCCUCGACUGUGGCGGCGGCCGGGCUCCCCCAAAGACCACCCAACCAGGCUGUCCCCAAUACUCCGGAACCGCAACGCUUACUGCAGACUACCUGGAGGGCUGGGGACCCAAUGGCAAACAAGCUGCCUCUACAAGCACCGUGGCGUCGACCGCUUCGUCGACCACUGAUAUUGUGCUCGCGUCCGCAACACAGACUUCUGAGGCGUCGGACUCGUCUUCCGCGUCUUCUUUUUCUUCUUCGUCCCCGUCCGGCACUCAAACUGCCGAUAGCAUGAUCACCAAUGCGCCCUCUGGUCUUACUGUUUCCACCUCGUCGGCCUCGAACACUGGUAGCGCUACUUCGACUUCUGCUGCGGCUGCGGCGACUAGCUCGUCCGCUUUCAAUGCUGCUGCUAGCACCCCCACCUCCAAUGUCGCCGGUGUCAUGGCUGUAAUGGCUGCUAUGGUCGGAGUCAUGGUUCUGUAG